CACAUGGGGCUGGUCAACCACACUGUGGUGACUCAUUUCAUUCUCUUAGGGAUCCCUGAUGCCAACGGCCUCCAGACCAUCCUCUUCAUCACCUUCUUUGCCUUCUACCUCUGCACACUGCUGGGCAACCUGCUCAUCUUCUCAGCCGUCCUCACUGACCCCCGCUUGCACACCCCCAUGUAUUUCUUCCUCUGCAAUCUCUCCGUGCUGGACAUUGGUUUUUCCUCCAUCAGUACUUCCAAAAUGCUGACCAACCUUUGGUUUCAGAGUAGGGUCAUUUCGCUAGGUGGGUGCAUGUCCCAGGUCUUCUUCUACCACUUCCUGGGCAGCACCAAAUGCCUACUCUACACCGUCAUGGCCUACGACCGGUACGUUGCCAUCUGCCACCCACUGCGCUACCGGCUCAUUAUGAACCGGAAGAUGUGCGCCCUAUUGGCUGCUGGCACCUGGAUCACCAGCUUUUUCCACUCCACCAUCCUCACCAGCCUGACCUUCACGCUGCCCUACUGUGGGUCCAAUGUGGUGGACUAUUUCUUCUGUGACAUCUUCCCGGUGGUCAAACUGGCCUGUGCAGACAAAUACGUUAUUGAGACCGUGACCUUGACCAACACUAGGGUGGUGCCCAUGACCUGCUUCCACCUCAUCCUCGCUUCCUACAUCCGAAUCAUGUUCUCUGUCCUGAAGAUGAACUCGUCCGAAGGGCGGCACAAAGCAGCCUCCAUUUGCGCCUCGCAUCUCACAGUGGUGACGCUGUUCUACGGGCAAUGCGCCCUGAUCUACACGCAGCCCCACCUGAGCCAAGUGCUGGUGACUGCUGUGCAGAUCUUUGGCAAUGUGGUCACGCCCAUGCUGAACCCGGCCAUCUACACACUGAGGAACAAGGAGGUGAAAGCGGCUCUGAGAAAACUGAGAGGGGGUCAAAAGCCUGAACAUUGA